GUAGAAGUUGAAUUGUUACGCGCGAAAUUCAAAUGGCGCAACUUGACACGCGAUGAAUCAUAAUGCUUUUAACGAUCAAACAAUCUCUAAGGGCAAAUAAAACUGCAUGCGUUUUUCUUUCGCAUUAAUUAGAAAUCUCUCACGUUAUUUGUGAACAAAAUAAGAGUAAACAAAAAAAAAAAGUAAGAAAACAAAUAAUGUCGAAUGCAACGUACAACGAACUUUGGAAAGAGACACAAAACACAUUAGAUGAAUUAAUACGUGCGGAUUCGUGUGUGCAAAAUUCAAAACCACAAAAAGAUCGAAAUAAAGCACAUCAAAUUAUUUCGGAAUUGUAUGUUAAAUACAUCAUUGUUUGUAACAAGUUAGAAGAGUGUUACGAUCAAAUAAUUCAACCACAAAAACGUAUCCUACUUAAGAAAUUAUUGGACUCAGUGAUAGGAAGAGUUUUAGAAUUGAAACAUGAAUUGGUAAACGUUGAUCUUUCUGAACAUAGUUAUUACGAUGAUAUAUUAAUUAAAUAUGGUGUUACUCCGGAAGAUGUUGAAAUUCGUAUACCGAGAUACUUUAGGAGAGAACGUCAAAAGGAAAUAGACGAUAGGCGAGAAUUCAUAGAAAAUACUUUGAGAAAUGUUGGUUUUCUCGACGAUAUUGUUGUAUCCAAAACGAUGAGCGAGUUAGAAGCUGUGAGAUUAAUUCAGGCUCAGGAAAGAGCAAGACAAGGACGAGUAAGAUUUCAAUUUAUGAAGGAGAUACGACAAAUGAAAGAAAAAUCAAUGGUUAAGCAAGAGGCAGAGGAAAUAGAUCAGGAAAACAUUGAAGCUGCUGCGAUAAAAAUUCAAAAAAUUUGGAAAGGUUACAAGACUCGACGUUGGAUACGAAAAAGGCGAUUAGACGAAAUGCUGCUAAUAGGUAUGCUCCCACCUAACGAAGUAACGAUGGAAAAUAUUCGGCAAACAGACAAAAUUAUACAUUAUCGUCAUGAAAAGCAGAUCAAAUUUCAAGAAAUCUAUGAAAAAUUGAUAAAUGAGAUUACAGAGAAAAUUCGCAAAGAAAGGAGUGCCGUAAUGGAAGAGAAUAUCAGAAGCGAAAUUCGAAACUGGAUAAAUGAUUACUUUCAGCAGACCGGCAAAAUUCCGGAUUUACCAUCUGUUGAAAGUGGAGGUUCCAGAUUUAUUUUCAGUAGGCAGGGAACAGAGAGUACGAUAAGUAAAUCAACUGGAGUAUCUUCGAAAGAAUCGAGAAAAUCGAAAAAGUCGAAAACGAAAAAAAGUAGCGAGCCUGAAAAAUCGGAAGAUGAAACCGAGCUGAGUUACUUCAAAUCUAUACCUUCGAAUUUUCUUCCAGAAUUGGUUAAUUUACAAGAAGAGUAUCAAAAAGUAUGGAAAAACAAAGACGAGUCUAUGAAUCCUAUGCAGGAGCCUUAUAAAGAUAUGAUAGAAGCUGAUAAAACUGAACAAAUUAAAGAAGAAAUUAGAAUUGGAGUUGAUGAAAAAUUGAGAGAUGAUAUAGAAGCUCUUCAAGCAGCUUUGGACAGAGAUAAGGGUAUUAAAAGUAAACGUGGUAAAAAAACGCAAAAACGUAUUCGUCGUAGUGGAAAAAAGAAUAAAAAGAAAAAAGAAAAGGAUUUGACUCCAGAUAGAACGACAGAAUCCCUUUUCGAAGAACUACUCACUCAAGGAAUUAUUAAACUCUAUCGAGAAAUUCCAUUGGCUGAUUUUAAAGUCGAGAAAUCUUAUGCUAAUUAUGAACUUGUUCAGAAUGAUAAAGAUACUUUACCAACGCUAGGUGACAUCAGACAAUUAAUCAAAGAAUAUUGUAUUCUUCCUUUAGGCAAUAAUCUUCUCAGAGAACUAACACCUCUAGUAAGAUCAGUCCUAAUAGCAGGACCUCGUGGAAGCGGGAAGAAAAUGUUGGUAAACGCUAUUUGUACUGAAUUAGGUGCUACUCUUUUCGAUAUUACACCUUCUAAUAUUGUUGGCAAAUAUCCUGGAAAAACUGGAUUAAUUAUGUUAGUCCAUUUGAUAUCCAAGGUUUCGCGAUUAUUACAACCAUCGAUCAUUUUUAUGGAUAAUGCUGAAAAAGCAUUUGUUAAAAAACCACCAAAAACUGACAAAACUGAUCCUAAACGUCUAAAGAAAGAUUUACCCAAGUUGAUAAAAAGUAUCACUAAUGAGGAUAAAGUUAUACUAAUUGGAACGACUAGUUCACCUUGGGACGCCGAUCAAAAAUUAUUAUAUCAAACUUAUGAUAAAAUAAUAUAUCUUCCCAGGCCAGAUUACGGUAGCAUGUCACUUGUCUGGAGAAGUUUAUUAUAUAAGUAUUCCGGAAUAAGCAGGCAAUUUGAUAUAUCAGCAAUGAAUAAAAUUUGUGACGGAUUUACUAUUGGUACGAUAUUGGAUGCCAUUAAUGAGGUUAUGACGACGAAACGAAUGGUACAAUUAAGAACACAACCGUUAACACAUGCAGAAUUAAUUAACGCCAUUAGUACCAAAGAUCCCGUUUAUCGCGAAGAAGAAGACACAUUUUUAUCAUGGUUCUCUCGAACACCAACUUGUCGAAAAAAACAAAGAGCUUUGGAGUUGGAACGACAAAGGCUCGAAGAAGCAAAUGAAGUUAUGAAAAAGAAAGGAAAAAAUGGGCAAAAACAAAAAAGAAAUGAGAUCAGCGCUUGAACGCAACGCAAUAUUUAAAUCGUGCAUUACGAAAAUAUCAUCAAUAGUUGUUAAUCUAUUACAUUUUUUUUUAUAAUGAUACCAUACUCCUUAUCACAUAAUACAUAUAAACUUUCCUGUUAUCAAUGAACUUGACAAAGAAAACAAUUCCAAUGAUGAUUUACGUAAUCCAUUAGGAUGUAUAAUGUAAAAUCGAAUAUAUUUAGACUAAUUAUGGUUGAAGUGAAGAAUAAAAGAAAAAGAAAAAGAAAAAGAAAAAGAAAAAAAUGAUUUUCACGCAAAGAUUAAGUGUUCACACCAUGAUUAUUGUUUGAAUGAUCAUAUUUUAUAAUUGAUAUUACGUAUUUACGUUAGUUACAUUUCAUUAAAAAUAGAAGAGGAACAUUUUAAAGCACGCGUUUGACACGAUGAUUAACGAUGGCCCCUAAUCGACCUAUGAUAACAAGAAUGUUCUUUGAUUGAUAAAAACAGAAAACUUGUGUUUCAAAAUCUAAAUG